GACAGGGAGUCGUGGCUGCAAAGGGUUUUCCCUGCAGCAUCCUCAGCUCUGUGGUCUGUGACAGCAAGGAUCUUCUCUUCAGCAUUCAGAGGAGAGGUCCUGUAAUAAAAAAAGAAGAUGGUGAAGAUUUGCUGUUCUCUCCUCCUCUUAAGUUUGCUCAGUGGGCAACUCAAUGCUAACCCUGGACUCAAAGUGAGGAUCACCCAGAAGGGGUUGGAAUACGCCAAGGAGGUUGGGCUGGAAAUCCUGAAGCAGAAUAUGGAGAAGGAGAGUUUCCCUGAUUUGAGUGGCUAUGAGAAAUUUGGGCUUGGUAAUGUCAAAUACAACAUCUCAAGAAUACACAUCACUGCUGUUGAAUUCCCCAGCGCUUCCAUCUCUCUCAUACCUGGGACUGGGAUAAAACUGGUGAUUGGAAAUGCUUCUCUAACCAUCGAUAUGAACUGGAACAUAAGGACCUGGAUGUUCAAGGACAGUGGAAGAAGCACCGUCUACAUUUCAAAGGUGUCUGUUACUUCAAUCUUUUCAACACCCUUGGAUAAUACAGGUCAUACAUCAAUAUCACUUACCAGCUGCCAGACAACUUCUGGUGAUAUAGACAUAAAGUUGACUGGAAAAAGUGGCUUCCUGCAUAACUUCUUUAUCAAGUAUCUGAAGAAACCCAUUCACAGGACCUUGGUCACUAACUCUUGUCCCAACAUCAGAUCUGGGAUCCAGUUGAUAGAUGAAGACCUCCGAUCACUGAAUGUCCUAAUGCCAGUUGAUGAUUUGGCUGAAGUAGACUACUCCUUAAAUAGCUUGCCAGCAGUAUUCCAACCCUUUAUUGACCUGGACUUAAAGGGGAUAGUCUAUCCAGCUGGAAACUAUACUGGCCUUCCCUAUAUGGCAGCUCCCCUCACUAUCCCAGACCCAAGCGACUCCAUGCUCUACCUUGCUUUCUCCGAGUAUUUCUUUCAGACCUACUCGUUUGCUUACUACACUGCAGGGGCCUUCAACAUCACCAUUGCAGAGGAGACUUGCAGUUAUUUUAAUAUAAGCACAGAGAUAUUUGGCAGUAUCAUCCCUGAGGUAGCCAAAUAUUCAGUUACACCCUACCCAGUGAUGUUGAAGCUAAUGGCUACUGAAAUACCAAUUAUCAGCUUAGAGCAAGAUUCCUUCACUGUAGAGAUUCAGGGCUCCAUGGAGGUGUUUGCUGUUCUACCAGACUCAACCAGCCAGUCAUUGUUCACAACAAACAUAACAGCCAACGCCAGCAUUGCUCUGAAUAUAUUUGACCAGAAAUUGAUGGGCUCACUAUGUUUGAACAGGCUCCAGUUCUCCCUAGCCCACUCCAAUGUUGGCUUUUUCGAGAUCUCGCUUCUGGAAAACAUCCUGUCUUACAUCUUACAAACCGAAGUCAUUCCAUCAGCUAAUGCUAAACUGUCAAAAGGAUUACCUCUUCCCAAUCUGGCCAAUGUUACCUUGACGAGACCUCACAUUACAAUUGUACAGGGAUACAUGUUGAUCUCUACUGAUGUCCACUACAAACCCUAAAGGAGAAGAGAGACCUUUUGUUAAACAUGAACUUCAAUCAAUACUGUGACUCUGAAGGCUAAAAACUGUUCAGUUCUGCUGAAAUGUGUAACUUGAGCUCUGACAAGGGCAAUGACACCCUGGCUGGAGGCAAAGGGAGAUGUAAAGAGGCAAAGAAAGCUGAUGGCAUGGUUGGGGUCUACAACGGAGGAGAACACACGACAUGUUGACAUUAUUUAUUCUGUUGUUUAACCGAUGCAACACUGUUUUUAAAUACACUCUUGCAUAUACACUUCCAGAAAGGUGCUGCAGUCUCUCAAAAGAAGGUGAAGCACAUUGUCAAGAUGCUGCAAGGGCAGGCAUGCCUGCUAGUCUGCCUCUACUGUAAUGAUCUUAAAUAACUUCCUUCUGAACACAAUGCACUCAGUAUAAAUGAACGCUCUCUAGAACCAUGUCAGACUGGGAACUGUCCCAGUUGCAAUGGGAACUAAAACCUUAGUAGUGUCUUAACUAAACUCUUAACAUAAAUCUUAACAAGGAUGCAGAAGCAAUCCAAGAAGGUAGACAAAGGGGCACUGCUACUGCCU